AUGUCGCAUCAAUAUAUUGACGAUUCGUAUGGGCCAUCUCGUCGUCGUGCAGCCAUUCAAUCCCAUCACCCAUCGGAUAGUUCAUCUCGACGAAACGCACCUCCAACAUCAAGAGAUUUUGCUUUUCAAUCUACCUUUCAACCCAAUCGACAAAGAAAUCCUCAUCCAUCUUCUCAUCAUCAUUAUCAUGGAGAAUAUUCUCAUUUCGAUGGAUAUCCAAAUUCAACAAUAUUAUCAUCUAAUCGAAUACAUAAUUCAUCGAAUGAUCAACCGCAUCGACGAAAUCGAUUAGAAGCUCGUUCUACUCAUUCGCAUGUACAACAUCCUCAAUCCUAUCAUGAUGAUCAUCGGGAUCUUUUUAGUUCAUCGAAUCGUCAUUAUUUUAAUAGUCAACAACCAUUGACAAACCAUUUCUUGGCUUCUCAAUCAAAUCGUUAUGAUCAAGAUUAUCCAAGAUAUGAAAGAAAUUCUGGUCAAAAUAAUCGAAGACAUCAUCGAGAAGAAACUUAUCCCUUCCAAUCGUAUCCACUACAUUCAAAUCAUCGAUCGGUAAAUCUUCAAUCAGUACGUCAACGUUCGAAUCCCGUUCGAUCUGUUGAUCAUCCUUCAUAUUCCUCGCAUACUGUUCCAAUUCAUCGAUCUUCUCAUCCUCCAAUGCCAUUAUUUUCACGAUCAUCUAUGCCAAUGCGACUUAAUCAUCCGAUUUCUCUUCUAACUCAUUUCCUUCAAAGUUUUUUUGGCAGAGGUAUUCCAUCAUUCGGUGAUGAUGAUGAUGAUGAUGACGAUGAUGAUGAUGAUGAUCCCUCAUCUUCAACUCCGAUUGAUAUGAUUGCUUUUUCAUGGAUGAUGCAAAGACCUGAUGUUCCUGCUAUUCUUCAUAUUCAAUUUGGUGAUUUACUCGAUUUACUUGCUCACGAUGAAACCCCUUCCGUUGGUCUAUCCGACAGUGAUAUUGAACGUAUACCAACGACGAUUUAUCGAAAAACAAGGAAAUCGAAAUCCACUGAUGAUAAAUGUAUCAUUUGUUUAAGUAAAUAUAAAACCGGUGAAACUUUGAAACGUUUACGAUGUGAACAUUUUUUUCAUUCUAAAUGUAUUGAUCCAUGGUUAAAGACGUCAAUUCAAUGUCCAAUCUGUCGUCGUGCACAAACUGACUAA